AUGAAGAAAGCAGAUAAGGAAUAUGUUAACGAUGAGUUAGCAAAGAAAGCAGAUAUAUCAUUUGUUAACGAUGAGUUAGCAAAGAAAGCAGAUAAAACUUAUGUUAACGAUGAGUUAGCAAAGAAAGCAGAUAAAACUUAUGUUAACGAUGAGUUAGCAAAGAAAGCAGAUAAAACUUAUGUUAACGAUGAGUUAGCAAAGAAGGCAGAUAAGGACUUGUGCUAG